GCACAUAUCCAUGCUCUUAGCUAUGACCCACGACCCCGCGACGUCGGAAAACACCAAUCAUCAAUAAAAAAAAUCUAUAAAUUAUACAUUAUGUAGCUGGGAGUUGCUUUGUUCGUGCAUCAUGAUGAUUGUAUAUACCGAUAUCUAAUUCUUCUGCUGUGUACGGUCUUCAUCGGAAUUCACCGGCAAAAACAUUGCAAUUUUCGAAGAAGAGAUCGUGCAAGACUGCAAUUUUUUCUCUGUGCGAGUCUGCCCAGUCAGAAUGACAACGGAACAAGUUUCAACUGCUUCUGUUGCUAUCGAGCAGAAACUUCAAGAAGAUGUUUUCCAACAAGAAAUUGGCCAAGGCAAGACUCAAGACGAGGUAUUAAAUGAAAUAGAUUCUGAUGUGAAUACCAGUUCUCAAGCAGAAACAGAAGAUAUGGCUCAUCAUAGCAAGAAUCCUGUUGAGCUUUCCAUGGAAGAAGAUUCAGCAGCACUCUCAAAUUCAGAAGAGCAGCCAGUGUUACUGGCCACAACAGAAGUGAUAGGUCAUAGCCAGAAUCAUGGAGAGAUUUCUUCAGGGGAAGAUUCAUUACUCACAAAUUCAGAAGAGCUACCUUCAUCACAGACUACACCAGCAGAAAUUUGCAAUAUUGAGCCACUUGGUAAGAUAUCUGGAGAAGAAGCUUCAACACAUGAAAUUUCAGAAGAACAACUCACACCAAAAGAAUCAGCCAAGGGCAACUCAGCUGUCGCAAUGGAAGCAGCAUCUAGAUCUCCAAGUCAUGAAGAAUGUAGUGAGGAAUCCAGAGAACAGUUGGACUCGGCUAUCACGAUGGAAGCAGCAUCUAGCUCUCCAAGUCAUGAAGAAUGCAGUGAGGAAACCAUAGAACAAUUGCAUUCUGAAAUGGAUGCAACUAGUUCUGACCAGGAUGAGAAAGUAACAAUUAUGAAUAGUCACUUGAGAAUAAAACUCAGAGACAGAUCUCCAGCUUGCCCAACAGUGGACGAGAACCUGCAGGGGAAGCCGCCACCCCGUGGACGUGGACGGCCUCCCGGAAGGGGACGUUCCCCUGGCGGGGGACGUCCCCGAGGACGGCCUCCGGGAACUGGGCGUCCCAGAGGACGCCCUCGCAAGCCGGUGGAAGAAAACGAGAACCUUCAAUGUAGUGUGUGCGAGAAGGAUUUUUCCAAUAGACAUAAUCUGAGGAAUCACAUGAGGAUUCAUAUCAUGGAUAAACCCCUGCAGUGCUCAGUGUGCGGGAAAGGUUUCUGCUUCAAGUCAGACUUUGAGCGUCAUAUGAGAAUCCACAGCGGGGAAAAGCCGCACCGGUGUGAAGAGUGUGGGAAGGAAUUUACCCAAAGAAGCCACCUGUCGGAUCAUAUGCGGAUUCACACGGGGGUUAAGGAGCAUCAGUGCCCCGUCUGCAAGCAGUUCUACGCUCGGAAAACCCACCUCAAGACUCACAUGCGGAUCCACACUGGCGAGAAGCCAUACGCGUGCACUCUUUGCGAAAAGGCAUAUUCCCGAAGGAACGAUCUCAAGAAGCACAUGCGCUCCCACACGGGAGAGAAAGCCCCCCACGUGUGCUCCGUGUGUGAGAAGGGGUUCUCACACAAGAGCCAUCUGGCUCACCAUAUGAAAUGCCACACCGGAUCCGAACCGUUCCGUUGCUCCGUCUGCAACAAGGGUUUCCUAUUCAGAUCUGAUCUGAUAAGACAUGAGAGGAUCCACAGCGGGGAGAAACCACACAGCUGCGAGAUAUGUGGCAAGGUUUUUGGCCAGCGAUGUCAUCUAACUGAUCAUAUGCGCACCCACACCGGCGAAAGACCACAUAGAUGCAUGUUGUGCGGUAAGGGGUUUUUCCGUAAAAAUCAGCUUACGGCACAUAUGAAACAUCACGCGGGUGAAAUGCUACCUGUAAACUGUGCUCUCUGUGGUAAGGAAGUCCCCAUUGAGAAUAUAGAACACAUACCAGAAUAUUGCGUUGACUGUUGUAAAAAACUCCUCUCGCAGGGUGAUGCCACGCAGGGGGUCAGAGCGCAAGAAGGCCCACUCCCAUUCAGCUGCCUCGAGUGUGACAAGAAGUUUUUAUUGCAUUCCCAACUUAUGGAACAUAUGAAUUCGCACACAGACAUGAAACCGUUCCAUUGUCCAGACUGUGAUCACCAGUUUGAUAAGGCAUCGGAUUUUAUAGAUCAUAUGGAAUUGCAUGACAGUGGAAAGUCGUUCCAGUGUCUAGACUGCUCUCAGAAAUUUCCUCUGCGUUCCGAACUCAUGAGCCACAGGCAAACACACAAAAAAGAUAAGUUGUUCAAUUGUUCUAAGUGCAUGGAAAAGUUUCACACAGACUCCGAUCUGACCACCCAUAAGAAGUCGCAUCAGGAUGAAACGCCUUUCCCACCUACCCAAUGCAACGAGAAACUUGAUGUAGAAGCUGAUCUUCGGAUGCACGACAAGUCACAACUGAAAGAAAAGCCGUUCCAUUGCUCAGAGUGCAAUAAGCAAUUCAAAGUAGAGUCCGACCUUCAUGUCCAUGAGAAAUCCCACCUCAAGGAAAAUCUGUUCAAUUGCCCCGAGUGUGAUAUGAAGUUUCCCGUACAGGAGAACCUCAUGGUUCAUAUGAAAAUGCACAAAGGUGAAAAGCCUUUCCAUUGUCUCGAGUGCAACCAGAAAUUCCUCUUGCAGCGUGAUCUGUUGGACCAUGUGAAAACUCAUCCAGGAGAGACCUCAUAUUAUUGCUUAGAAUGCGAUAAGGGGUUCGGUACGGAAUGGGAUCUGAUGAGCCAUGUCAGUAUACACACUGGAGAAAACUAGUGAACAAUUUUCCCUACUGCUUGUAUAUUCUACAGUAGAAUGCAGUAAUGCUGCAUAUUGCAUAGGUUAUAUCGAUUCGAAUCAGUGAUAGGUCAAUACGCCAUGAUCAUAGCUGCAAGGAUCGCAUUUGUUAUAUUCUAGGUUUUGAAGUCACCUCAGUGAAUAUAACUGCAUUGUAUUGUUAAUUGUGGCCGUAUAUUCACUGAGGUGACGUCGCUCAUUGCUUAUAAGCCAACUUUGCCAAGUAAUCAGGUACUUCACUUGAUAUAAUCCCUUGUGUGUAUAUGUAGAUUGCAUGAACCAUGUGCUAGUUGUGUUUUUCUAUUAUUCCAUAGACUGAUCAGAGCUGCAUGCGAGUUUACCAUAAAGUCAUUGCAGGCUCUGAUGGCGAUUCAACUUACGCUACAUGUUAUUACCUAUACAAGACAUCUUAGCAGAUAGGUAAAUGUCAUAUUUCACUCACUACUUUCAAUCCGAGACCAACGGGGUAAACAUUUGCCAUGUUGCCCUCCCCAUGCUUUUGCCCAUAGGAAUACUGUACAAAAACAGAGGGCAAUAUUGGCCAUAUUUCUGCUAGUGUGCUUGCACAGUAGGAGCCGAUUUUGGUCCUUAUUUUCAGAAUUUGCGAAAUCUGGUUAGAACCAGUUUGCGAACCAACGCAUUGUAGACUAUCGCCAGUGCAUAUGCAUUCCAAGCUGAUUAGACCCAAGCGCAAGAUUUUUAGGUGUUAACUGUAUGUGUGCGCCACGCAUGAUGCGCAACUGUACAGUAACUAACUAUCGAGAAUUGCUUAGCAAGGAUUAAUUUGCCAAGUUCUUGCAUAACCUGACAUUAAAAUAAGUGACAGGCAAACAGGCAUAUAAAUUUUUCUGAAUUACAGCUUGAAUUACACAUUAUACAGCUGUGGGUUAUAAUAAUAAUAAUAAUAUUUACUGACUCAUCUUUUGGGAAACAUCAAAUAUAUUGCCCUUAAAAGAACCAUACUGCCCUUGCCUAAUGGCUCUGGCCAAUAUGAUUUUGUUGUGGGCAACAUAUUUGCUGUUCCCCUCAAGGCCAGUGAAUAUUAUAUAAAUAUAACAGAUCUUGCCUUGUCUAUCUGUUUAUUAAAUAACAUUUCAACCCCCCUUCGAAGCUACAUUUUCCCCUUACGAGGAUAUUUUCCCUCAUCGUUGUGUUGUUUGGACAAACUUCAGGCAAAGUAUAAUCACUUGGGGAAAUCUAUAACUCCUUCGGGGAAAUGAAAUGUUAUAUUCAUCCAAUAAGUAGGCAAUAUCUGUGUAAAAUUUCACAGGCUCAGGCAGUAUAGGCAUUUCCAGGGUCCCUGACAUAAAGCUUAGCAAUCAAUCAUAGGGCUGACUUAUGAUCUAUAAUUGAUUGCAAUAGUCAUUGUUAAUGAUCAGUUGUAAAGCCAGUCCAAGAUCAAUCACUAUUACCUACUUCUCACAGCAAACAUAUCCCAUAAUUCUGUGCUAUAGAUGAGCUAAAUGGCAAGUUAGCCCUACCUACAGUUUAGUCCACAAUUUUACUCACAAUGUUUUUAUUUUGUAAAGUGGGUUAACCCCACCAAUAGUACAAAAUUAUUUUGGCCCUUCAAAAUAGCAGGGUUAACCAGCCAAUUUCGUAAGAAAAGAAACCAAGCAAGGACGAUGUCCCAUAUUAUGCCGUAGGGGCAACGGAGUCAGUGCUAUUGUCCAAUCGGAGAUGAGCACGGGAUUAGGCAGAAAAUUUGGCAGGUGCAAACAG